UUUCACAAUUCAUUAAUGAAUGUUCUUUCUUCAACUGUUCAGCUUGUGGACACACAAGGUUUUCAUCAGAGUGAGCGUGUGUUUGUGUUUGUGUGUAGGAGGAUAUUUCACCGAAUUUGUACAGGCAUCAGUGAUGACGAUGUCAUUUUUCUGUGUGCGUGUCCUUGGCUGACACAAUAUAAAAGUCAGCCAGAGGGUCGGGGGCACAGAAAAGGAGAGGAACAACAGGAAGCUCCAUCCGACAGCCUCUGCCGCCAAAACACCAGCAAUAAGAGCAAGAAGAAGAGAGACGGGACAACGCGGACAAUGUGUCCUGUGUGGCUGUUGGUGGCUGUGGUAGUUGUGGGCGUGACCAGAGGAGCUGUCAGUCAGUGCUGGGAGCACCCGAGCUGCCAGGAGCUCAACUCUGAGGCCAGCGUGAUGGACUGUAUCCAGCUCUGUCACUCCGACCUCACCGCCGAGACGCCCCUCAUCCCAGGAAGAGCGCACCUCCAACCUCAGCCUCCAGACUCCUCCUCCAUCCUCCCGUCCUCCUCCUCCACUACUCCUCAGGCCAAGCGGUCCUACUCCAUGGAACACUUCCGCUGGGGGAAACCCGUCGGUCGAAAACGCCGCCCCAUCAAAGUCUACGCCUCCAAUGGUGUGGAGGAGGAGUCCGCUGAAGUUUUCCCCGGAGAGAUGAGGAGGCGGGAGCUGGCCAACGAGCUGUUGGCAGCGGCAGCAGAGGAGGAGGAGAAGGCACAGGAGGUGAUGGAGGAGGAGCAGCGGGAGCUCCUGAAUAGCAUCCAGGAGAAGAAAGAUGGCCCCUACAAGAUGAAGCACUUCCGCUGGAGCGGUCCGCCAACCGGCAAGCGCUACGGCGGCUUCAUGAAGAGCUGGGAUGAAGGCAGCCAGAGACCACUGCUCACCCUCUUUCUCAAAGGUGAUCUACUAUGUCUGAGGUUUCUAUACAAGACAAAGAGAGAGAGAAUUAUCAGGCUGACAGACAGGUAUCAGUACACAGGGUCCAUGUCCAUCUAUAGAGACGACGUCGACGAUACUCUUCCUCUUAGACAGAGGAUCCUCAUCUGA